UGGUGUCAUUACGCAUACAGGGCUGUCCAGGAGCGCACGAGGAGCGGGAUUUAAGAAGAGUUUGACUCACGGCAGAGCAAGAGAGAAACGCUGAGAUGUCUUUAACUGAACCAUGAUUAAGAUGUGCGGUUUUUAGGUAAGGAGGAUUUUGCUUGUAUAUGUUUUGCAUGUUUUUCCAGAUGUACAGUCUAAUAAGACGCUUAUGCAGGAUAUAAGGUCCUGCAGUUAUGAUACGAGCAAUAAAUGUGACUCAAUUAUCCAGCUUACAUGUAUUUUUCAGGCCUGACUAAAUAAACAAAUUGAGGUUCAUUUAGUACCAUCAUAAAGGUAAAAAAACAAAAAACAAAUUCAUGGACUAACUUUCAGUUUUGCUGACCUGCAUCCAAGUUUAAAAACAUGUGUCAGAACAUUUUAAAAUUUUAAAAUAGUUCCUCGUUUGGAUGAAAAUAUGCAGUUCUUGACACAAGUUUCUCCAAAUGUAAGAAUUGCAUGAUCUCUGAUUUCCAAAUGAUGAUUAAAUGAUUAUUUAGAAAUUUUAGGAUCAGGUUUUUUGUAUUAAAAUGGCUCUUAUGUGUUAUAUUUUUGUUGAAUUAAAAAGACAAUACAAUCAAUUGGUAAAUUAGCCAUAUAUAUGUGAAUACAUUUAAAAAAUUAAGGCAGAUUUAUGAUCAUAAAGAUGAUAACACCUGAUUAAAAUCACAAAAUCCAAAAAAGAUUAAAAUAACAAAAGCCCAGUGGUUCAUUGGUGCAAAACCUAAACCUACAAUUAUCACCCCAUAAAACUUUCAAUCUGUUGUUGUCUUUCAUCCAUUCCUCUUGUCGGUUCAGUUUUCAUCUUUGAGCUUCAAACCUCACUGUGGACUUUUCUCCUCUCCUGAGGUCUGUCAUCAGAGGACAUUACAGAGGAAUGUGUUAGAGCUAAAAAUGGUUUCGUUGGCAGGAGCCUGUUCUGCAGCUUCAUUUUCCAGGUUAACUGGUCCAUCAGGUGUCUCUCUCUGCAGGGAUGCUAAGCUGUAGACUCAGAGUAGAAGCGGGAAGUAAAUGGGUACAUUUAGUUGUGACUUUUCAGUUUAAAAAAAGGUGUUCCUUCUUGGUUCUUCACACUAUGCUUAAUUUGGAUUACUGUUUGAGGCCAGAGGAGUAUUACUCUGCACAAUUUAAAAAACCACAGCUUCUUUUUCUUAAGUUUGAUAAUGACUGACCUCUUCUUCUCCCCCCUCUGUGUUCCCAGACUCUAAAAAGAAGAAGGGGGUUCUUGAUGUAGUUCUUGCUUAGUCCCAGGAACACCUGAGCCUCCAUGAGAAGUCCAAAUGACCUCUGACCCUCGCACCAUGGACCUGCGUCUACAAGCAAACCCUCAGCUCCACUAUGGGGUAAACGGGGGCGCUGCUCGAAGCUCCAGACCAGUGGUAAAUAUUCUGAAAACACUGAAGUUGAAUUGGUCUAGGAUUUUUGAUUUUUUCUUGUUUUUCCUUUUUGCUUGCUUGACAUUAAGCUAUUCUCGACAAGACACUACUUAAUACAAUGCUAUUUGUCAUGCUAUUUGACAUUGCACUACUAAAUGUAACAGGAUUUGACAUUUUACUCCCAGAUGUUGCACUACUUGACGUUACGCUUGACGUUACACUGCUUGGUCUUGCGCUACUUGACGUUGUCCUACGUGAUGUUAUGCUACCUGACCUUGCACAGCUUGUCACUGCUUAUGUUGUGCCACUUGAAGUUAUAAGUUAUGCCACAAGAGUUAUGCCGCUCAACAUUUCACCACUUGACUUUACACUACUCGAUCCUACUCUACUUGAUGUUAUGCUAUUUGAAGUCAUACUAGUAGCUGUUACACCACACAACGUUACAUGACUAGGUUUUGACCUCAGAAUUGACUAAAGGUUUUGUAUGACGUUUAGUCAACACAUUUCCUUACUCAUACUUUAAACAAAUUUAACCUGACUUGUCCAGAUAUAUAACAUCCUAUCUCAAGACAUUAAAAGCUAAAUACUACGGCCUGAGUUUCUCAUGAGUAAAAAGGAUCCUAGUGCAAUAAGUACAAUUUAUUCUGGAUUUUUCUAGUAAAGUUAAUAAUCACUUUGUCAAAAAUUUAAACCUUUUUCCAAAACUCCUAACAGAUUACCUCCAACUAGACCAGGAAAAUAAAAUCAUCCAACUCUACAGUUAUUGAGGACCUACUGGUUAAACGAGUGUUAUCCAGAAGAUACGUGUUGGUAUGUGAUAAAGAUCUGCUCAGUCAAGCAGAGUCAGAAGCAGGCUUGUCUAUUGUCUUCUCAUACACAGUAAACACUGAGGGUAUCAGAUGAACAGCUGAUUAUCUAAACUGCACAGUCCUUCACCCUGGCUGAGGCUCUGUACUGUGUUUACACAAAGCACCCAGUCAUCACACACUCUGAGAAAUUACACCUGCUCAACAACUUAAUCCCUUUGCAUGCCUUGGGGAUGACAUCCAUUAUCAACACACAACACAACCAAACCGGUUCAGCUGCAGUUUUCUAGGUCCUGAGCUGCUUCACUACAAUAGACAUAAUUCACUGUCGCUGAAACCAGAACAUUAGCGUUUAUCUCUGAUUGGUUUCAGUUGGGUGUUGCUUCUGUAGGUGUCUUUGUAUGUGUGUGUGUGUCUGUGAAGCAAAACAAACCUCUGAACAACCUUGUUGUGGGACUUUUCAUAACACUGAUGUAAGCAAUAAACCCUGUUUGCCUCAUCAACCUCGAGCUGAAGGUCAUCUCCUUGAAACAGCUCAAAUAAGCAGCUUCACCUAACGGCUGUAAUUACAGUUAAACACAGCCUGUGAUCACAACACAACAUCCAACGCUGCAAUGUCCAUUUAUAUAAGACAUAUGACACAACCUUACCUUUGAAAUUUUUAAUCCAUGUCAAAAGGUGGGAAGCAGGAACAGAGCAGUGCAGUAACUGUUUUUUUAUGCUGAGUUUAAUUUCUAACAUCGCCUCUACUCUAAUCUAUAUUACAACCAGAUUUGUAAUAUAACUGAUAUUCAAAUCACACAAAAAGUGGAGUCCCGACAUGGCUGGCUCAGCUUAUCAUAGAUAGUAGAAACAGCACUUUUUACCUUCUUCUACUACUACCUUUACUACUUCUUUCCCCCAGUUUAACAUUGUUAGAGGAGGUUACCUGUCCCCUGAAGCCAUGUGUUGUGGUUUAAAUAGGUGCACUUGUUCACUACCAGGACUGAAAAAGGCCUUGAAAGUGAAGCAGCCCAAUCAAUAGCCACCAAGAACUGAUACAGGAUCACCCAUUGUGUUGUUUUUCAGAGGCAGCACUGUUUGAAGCAGGACAGGUAGCUACAGAGGUGAAGAAAAGAUGGGGAGGGGCAGAUUCCCAACAGAAGAGAGGGGUAUUUGAGCUAGGUUUAGGGUGGGAAAGAAGCUUGAAGGGUUGGGAUACAGGAACAAAUAGGCCUGUGUUCACCCUGUACACAUGACCACUGUGCUGCAGAGUCAGAGUUUGCUGCAUAUUUUUCAGUGAUGAAGAAAAAAGUAAAUUCAGUGCUUGAAUGGAACCAUCAGAGUGCAGGUUACAUUUAGCAGCUGAAAUGUAUUGGAUUUAGGGCAGUUUAGACUUCAGAAUAUGCUGUCUUAAGCCCUGAUAACUAAACUCUUGAAAAUUUCCCCAAACUGAAAAAACUGCCAUCUAAAUGGGAAGAAAGAUACUCUGUUUUAUAUUGUCAAUACAGUUAAAUUAGAUUCCCAUCUUAAGUAAUAAUUUCUCUUUAAUGACUAUUCUACAAAGCCUAAUUUCCUACGGUCCCUUUGUUUUCACAGGGAGACGAUACGCUUAAGUUUCUAAGCCGGGAGGAGCAGGAGUGCCUUCAGUUCUUUGAGAAGACCAUUGACUCUUUGGAAGAGGGUCUGGAGGACAACGAACGAAGGCAAAGGCAGAUGAGGCCCCUCUCAAGAACCAGUGCAGUUGAUGGACCUCCAACCACAAGUACAAACACAGGGGCCAUUGUAUCUUCACUCUUGGCCAGACAUCCCGGCCCCAAAGACCAGGAUAUUAUCGACCUAGUUCGCCCGGAUCCAGACUUGGUUCAGACCAGGGAGCCAAUCUUCAGUCCCACCAAUCCAGGUAAAGAAGUUUGUCUUGUUUGUAGGGCUAUAUUCAAGGUUCAGUGAUGGCUGGAAAGCGUAGAUUCCUGUCAUCAGUCUCUAUUUUAACUCUGUGAUUUGUUCUUCACAGAUUUUCACAAUAUGAUGCAGACUCCUGAAAGCCACUUUGAGAUCAAGCCAAGGCGUGAUCCCACAGACGCCUUGCCCUCUGAGUACAACCCUCCCUUACCCAGUGGCAGCUACGGGUCAACAGACAGCAACUCCGCAUACCACCCUCCAGGCUGUAUCCCCACCCCGGUUUUAAUUGCCACAAAGAUUGCAGAGAACCAGGGAGGUGGAACCACUAACAUAACUCCUUCAUCACUUCUCCGACGUUUGAGCUCGGAGUGUGAAAAACCAGCAAGCUAUAGCGGAGACCCAACUGUCAAACAGGGUCCUCCCACCUCUGCUAAGCCCUCUCGCCUUCCAGCUAACAUCAGCCUGGUCCAUGGCAGCAAGGAGUACCAAAGCCAGUCACUACCUAACGUGAACAUCAAUGAGAGACGAGCACAGAUGCUAGCAAACUUGGUAGGAACCGCACAUCCUCUCCUGCAGGAAGACCCUCAACAAACCUUGGAGCAGACAGCUCGAAAUACCCCAGCUCGCAGCAUUUCCUUCAAGGACCCCUCACCAGACAAAUCCAGGAUGGAGGCCCUGUCUAAGCUGGGCUUGAACAGGGGUAGAGCCUUGUCUGGGGGUAUGUCGCUUCUUGUUCCCCCUGACAAUGGCUCUCUAAAUCCUCCCACUAAUUUAGAUGCAAGCGCCAUAGCUGUGGAAACCCAUGUACCCCCAACAACAGAUACCAGCAGCAAGGUACAAGAAGCCAAUGUUUCCCUACCACAUCACAGCCAGAUUCAGGUUGAAAGAAAACCAGAGAUAGUGCGGAGAGAUUCUGUAGAUAGCCACGAGAACAAAUCCCUUGAGCCGUUUCCUCCUCCUCCACCAGUCUCAGAAAUAAGAAACUAUCCACCGCCUCCUUCGGAAAUCAAAGCCCCCUCAGAAAUGAGCAACUAUCCACCACCUCCUGUGGAAAUCAAAGCCCCUUCAGGAGUCAGCAACUAUCCACCACCUCCUGUGGAAAUCAAAGCCCCUUCAGGAGUCAGCAACUAUCCACCACCUCCUUUGGAAAUCAAAGCCCACUCAGGAAUGAGCAACUAUGCACCACCUCCCGUGGAAACCAAAGCACCCGUCUCCCCUCCACUUGAGGUAACCACACCAGAAUUUAACAGAUAUGGAGGGAAAUCUAUUAUGAUCAAUCCCACUGUGACCCCCAGGAGUGAGCCGUCAAUCUCUCCAACUAGCCCUGAACCCAAAGGCCUACCACCUGCCCUGACAAACCCAUCUGAGUUCAACAACUAUGGAGGAAAGACCAAAGUCAUUAACACUGCUCCCGUACCCAUGCCCAGAAGUGACCUUCCAGAUAUUCUCAGCUCCCAUAUAGACAAGACUCGAAGCUUACCAUCCAAACCAGAGUUUUCACCUACUGAGCUCAACAGUUAUGGAGGGAAGAGUCGAAUCAUCAACCCCUCUGUUGGAAUAAAUGGCCCACCAGAAAUCACAGCAAGGAGUGUCAAAGUUCCUGCCCCAACCCCUGCUCCAAAACCUCCUCGGCAUUCUUAUCAUGGUAUUGGAACUCCCCACAAACCAGCACAAAGAUCCAGCAUGUUUCGACCUCAAAGCAUCACUGUGCAGUUUUCUGGAAAGGGGGCAACAGAUGAAUCCCGAAGGGAUGCGCUGAGGAAAUUGGGACUGCUGAAAGACUCAUGAUAGACUCUGGGAACUCAUCUUCAGUCUCUGCCUGUAGAGCCUGAAUUUCUUGUGCCUACCUUCUGGUGAAAGUGGUAUACUAGAGGUUUCUACAUUUAUGUCAGUUGAGUGGUUGAAGGGUGGACUACUUUUGCAGUGGAAUUGAGCCUACAGUAGACCUGCACAGCCAGUUCUUGCUUCCUGGCCAUGAAAAACUGAAAAACAAGUCGGACGUGGUGCAGUUUCGACAUUGUUUGGUAGAAAAAAUUCUUGACAGAUUACCUGCUUUGUUUUGCUUCCAAUCCAAGACACUGUAUACCUCCAAGAAGAUAAAAUGAACAAAACAAAUGCUGCAGAAAGGAGCUCUGACUAUCAGCGUAAUCUAACGGCAGUAAUUACAGCAAGAGUUACUUUAUGCAAAUUUUUUAACAUGAGCAAACUUCAAAAGAAGAACAAAACCAAUUUGUAAAAUUGAUGUCUUUAUACUUGGAUAUUUCACUACUUUGUCAGUUACUAGGACAUUGUAGGUUUUAUCAAACAUUACUCAAAAAGGAGUCAAUGGUAAACUUUACUCCUGGCAUUAGGUAAGCACUCCCAAUAUUGGGACCAAGCCAUGUGGGAUUUGAUAGAAAUUAAUGAGAAUGGAAAAAUUAAUCAAUUAGAAAUUUGAUGUAAUAGAAUUGAUCUAAUGUCAAAAUUUUUGUGGCCUUACUCUAAAAGCCUUAACUUUUAUUUUUAUUUUUAUUUUUAGACAAAAAGAUAUUAAGUGGCAAUCUCUGCAGUGUUUGAAGUUCAAAACUGUGUAUUGUAUUAAAAAAAGCAAAACAAAAGCAAAAAAUAUAUACCAAUAUACACCAACUUUAAUUAUGCUAAUUUAUCCACUUUAACUUAUAUAUUUUGUUUACUGUGUCAGUUUCUCUCUAAACGGCUGUCAGAAAGUGAAAUUACUGUUUAAUCACAGGCUGUGAAGUCUUUCUCAUGGGAAUAUCUUUUUUUUUCACUGGUCUGUUUACCGACUUUGGGCAUUUAUCAGUGGUGUUUGUUUUUUACUCUGAGCACUUUUGGAGCAAGAACAAAGUUAGAGUACUUUUCUGUAAAGCAGUUAUAUGUCUUACGAAACUACGUAACCUUUUUGUGAAAAGUUUUUUAAGUGGCUUGUAUUGGCUUUAAAGUGAAGCAGAGUCACCCUCAUGGCCUGUUUUAAUUAUUUGAGGUUUAACAUGUCCAUUGUUUCCAUUAAAUCUGCUGUCCUGGAAUAACUCUGAUGCAGAUGUUUGAACGAAAAGAGCCCAGAGUUUCUUAAAAAAUCGUACAUCUGAACUGGGCUGGAGGAUAUUUUUACUCCAUGGACAAACCUCCCACACCAAACCACAGACUGUGGAAUGGGGUUUGAAGGCAGGACUUGUACUUUUUAUGAGGCAGAAGGAAUACUUAAAAGCUGCUCUUUAGGGAUGGGCGAGCUUAUGGUAUUGUAGAAAACACAAGCACUAAAACCGCAGAGUCUAGAAAUACAUCCUGGGGUACUUCUGUGUUUUAAUUCUUGCAGAGCUGUUGUUGCUUACUGUCCUAUGUGUGUGUUAUUUAACUGUUUAGUAGCAUUAGCAUGUAUGUGUGUUUAUGUAUGUGUCGAUGUGUGUAUGUUUACUAUGUUUAACCCAGACUCCGGCUUCUGUAGUUCACCUACAGACAAUUUUGAAGGAUACUAUUUCAUGCAGGUAGAGGUUCUUCUCCUGUUUGAAGAUUUUAAUGAAUUUGUUUACAGACUCCGGUUCUCUGUAGUUCAGCUACAGUCAUUUUUGAAGUAUCUAAUGGUGCAUAUAUACAGUUUAUAACAACAUUCGGUUUGGCACAGCUGUCUUAUAAAGAAAUGCAUCUGCAAAGUGUGCAGAGCUGCACAGGAAAAUGUUAAAAAGUGCGUCUGUGUGUGGUAAAUGGGAUUUUUAGUGGCCAUGUGAAAAGUGCUGCUAUAAAACAACAGCCUGUUUGACUUUCUGACCUUUUAAAUAGCUUUACUUUAAAGUGUAUAUACUCUACUUGAUAUAUUGUAUGUACCUUGUGAAUCAUUAAAGAGAGUUACAUAAC